UUUCAAACCGAAAAAUUUUCUUCAACUGAACAGAUGCAAUUUUCUUCCGUUUAAAUACAAAGGAUAUAAAAAAAGACAACAAAAAAAGAAUUGCAACAACUAAAUAACAACGAAAAGAUAUAAAAUAAACAUUAAUUUAAUUUAAUUCAAACACCGAAAAGUGAAAAAAGGUCGCUAGCAAACGGACUUAAGAAAAAAUUCCAACACAAGCAGAGAAUUUCAGCCUGCAGCGCAUAGGAUAAAGGACGAAGGAGCGCAACGCAAACAAGUCAAAGAGCCAACUAGCGGUAAGAGAGCUUAUCAACAACAUGGGUGAUGAAAAAGAGAAAGAAAAGAAGGAAAAAAUUGAUGAGCGCUUUGAAUUUUUCAAUAAUUAUGUCAUGAAAACUUUACGUUUGAAAAAUGAACGCUGGGUAAAGCUAAUGGGUAUGCCGGAAUCGAAGGAAAUCAUUCAAGUCUUCCUCAACAACCCACAUCAACCGCGUUUGGUAUUCUAUUUGAACAUCGCCUCAGUGCUAACGCCGGCGUUCGAUUUUCCUGCCAAGCCUCGUAGCAAAAUCGUUUAUUUCAUGCGACGCAAUAUACCAUCAGAUUUGCCGUUAGAGGAAAUGGAUAGCAAACUAAUGAUCGGCGAUAUAUUGCCAAAUGUGCUGGAGAAUCUCUCUGUACUCUGUGAUGAUGUCAUUUUUCCCGUCGUCAAUAAUCCCGUCAAUCAAGAUGGCUGGACAUCGGUCAUAGUUAAUGAUAUGAAAACCGAGUCGCAGGAUUUACGCAAUGGCAUUGCGCAGAUGAAGGGUAUUGUCAUAAACCGCACAAUUCUACCGCUGCCCAUUUGUAUCGAUGAAGUGAUGGAUUGUGCACCGCAAAUUGCCAGUGGUAACCUAAGCAAUUUCAACAACUUGCUGAAGCACUCCCUCGAGUUUAUGGUGGUCAAGUGGCUCGACUCGGUUGAGGAUUUAGUGCUGGUAAAGGCACGUGAACGCAUCUACGCCAAGGAAACACAUCCGAAACCCGAUAUGCUCUUCGCUUUCUGGGAGACGCGUUUGGAGAACUUGGAAAAUCUGGCCGAUCAAUUAGGUGAUAAACGCAUAAAAACAAUCGGUUUUGUUUUGGAAAAAAUCAAUUCCGUUUUCGAGUCCACCUAUCGAAAGAUUGUUGAACUGGUACUACAAGCACUGGCAGAAGCCCGAGAUAUAACGAAAUAUUUAACACCAUUGCAUAAAAUGGUGGACACAUUCGAGGCGAAUCGUAUGGAUGAGAAUCGCGCACAACUGCGUCCACUACUGCUCACAGUGGGUCUGGUGUGGGGCCAUUCGAAAUAUUUUCACACGCUGGACAAUAUGACUUUACUUUUCGAGCUGCUGCACAAUUCGCUAAUAGAGAAUGUCAUUGCGACCAUUGAGCCCGAGAGCUGUUUCGGCGAUGUCGAUGAGGCUUUCAAACGCAUUGUAAUAAAUAUCGAUCACAUAACCUACUACAAAAAAAUUUAUGAACAAUGUCGCUCUGGUUUGAAGAAAUUCAAAAUCGGCACACAAUUCAACUCUCAAGAUUGGACUUGGCAUCCGAAGACCAUAUUCGAUCGGCUCGAUCGUUUCGUGGAGCGUCUAAAUGUAAUGAAGAAUAUCUUCGAUACCGGACGUGACUUUCUGAAAUUGGAGAAAAUCACUGUGGGCGGCUUGAAAGGGCGUCAAAUCUCUGCUGCUCUAGUUAAAAUUCUAGAAGAAUUCAAUAAUAAAUAUCGUGAUUGGACAAAUGGCAUGGCGUACAAUGUGCUCGAUCCCGAUGAAUCGGUGGAACAAUUUCAAAAGGAUGUUGAGAAAUUUCAUGAACUAGCUGAACAGUUGGAGCGACGCAUUGCAUUUCAAUUUGAAUUGGCUCUACUUGACUCUCAUGACUUGAUGCUCUGCGGCAGUUUGUUGCUGCGACCGAUCAUUAAGCAGCAACUUGAUCCACAUAUGCAUAUACUGGUGGAUGAUUUGGCUGAAGAGAUACAUGCGGUUAAGAAGGAUUUCAACGUUUUCGAGGCAAUUUAUAAAGAAUUGGGCGUGAAGGGUCUACCCACCGAUGUGUGUUUCCCAAAAGUGUCCGGUGCCAUCUCUUGGCUGCAUAAGCUGCGUCAUCGCAUCACAUGGAUCAGAUCUGAUUAUGAACUCUACGAAUAUCCGCUUUUCGAUAACGAGUAUGGCGAGCAAACGCUAGAUAUCUAUAAUCAAAUGUUAAAUGAAAUCGAAACGCUCAAACAAGCCAUACUCGAGGAAUGGUAUACCCAAGUGCGUGAGCAAAUCGCCUUUGGCAUGCAGCAAACUCUGUUGAAGAAGAACAAUAAUGGUGUACUCUCUGUGAAUUUUACACAAGAACUGUUGGAUGCUCUCAAGGAUAUUAAAGUUUUGCGUAUUAUGGAUUGCGAAGUGCCCGAUGAGCUAGUAGAGUUCUACGAACGUGAUGAAGAAUUCUGGCAAGCACGUCUCAAACUCAUGCGCAUCGCAGAAUGGUACAAUGACAUUAACGCUCGCUCGCAACCGAGCGAAAUGAAUUUGAUACGAGCAGAGCUGAGUGCAAUCGAACAUUAUAUGGAGCCACUAAUUAACGAUAUCAUCUGGAUGUCAUUCGAUCAACGCUUUAUCAAUAAGGUAUUCGGGAAGAUCAGUCAUUUGCAAAAACGUAUUGAGAAAUGUCAAGCGAAUUUGGAUGCCAUCAAAGCAAGUAUCAACUCAUGGGGAAAAGUUCCGCUUUUCCAGCGCAAAGAUCUCAAUCCCAAGGCACUGUUGGAAGUCGAGCCACGCGCCACUAUUAUUGCUAAACGCGCCAGACAAGCGAAUGACACCAAACAGCUCAUCGACAAGUUGAUGUUUGAGAAUGCGAAAUUGUUUUUCGAUAUACCACAACGUUACGAAAUUGAGGAGAGUAGUGAGGCAGUUGAAGAAGAAGAUGGCGAAGAGCGACCAGUACCAAACAUAGUCGCAGCUAGUGCAGCAGCAACGGCUGCGGAGAAGACAGGUGUGCCGGAGCCAAAGAGAUUUACGCAAGCCACAGUGGAAGAAAUAGAAGAAGCAUCCUCUGAGGCAGAGAUGAUUACGCCUCAGCAUCGUUACGACUUACUACAAACUCUCAGCGAAACCGAACGCGAGCAAUUUCGUGAAUAUGAAAAAUAUGUGGAUACACAAAUUGCCUCUGAACUCUUGGAUGCUGUCAUCACAAGCGUCACCUAUCUACGCAUGGAGAUCGACAAUCGCUAUGAGAAUGAUGCGCCCAUCUUUGAAAUAUUCAUGGAAUUGCAAGAGCCUCUUAUUGUUUUCUUUCUCAAUUUGGAUCCGAGCUCGCCGUAUGGCUUCACAAUGCAUAUCGAUAAUUUGAUCGAUGAUAUGUAUAAUAUGAUGAGCAUGUUGCCGCGUGUGGCACAGGAUCCACCGGAGGAAGACCUUGAGCCGGAAAACUUUAUGGAUGAGCUGAAAGAUAAACCCGAACUAACGAAGCAGCGCAAUGAAAUUAUGAGUCGCGUUAAAUUCGCUCUCCAACAAAUACGUUCACACUCUAAGAUUUAUAUGGAUUACUCAUAUUUAUGGCUCUCAGAUAAACAACAAUAUCUUGCCGAAGUUAAGAAAUAUGGACGGCCAUUAACGGUAGCUGAACGCGAAGCGGAACUGGAAGGCGAAGGCGAGUCAGGUUUAAAGCCUUUGAGAGAGGAAUACCCACCGCUGAGUGUCUACAAAGAGCAGUUGGACAAAUUCAUUGCCCUACGCAACGAGAUUUCUCAGUGGGAAUACUUUAUUGAUUUCAAUGUUUGGUUGCGUUUAAAUAAGAAAGGUUUCAAAAAUGCCAUGCUCAAUGAGGUUUCCAAAUGGAUAAGCCUCUUCAAGCAUGACCUUAUCGACAGGGUUAUGAACUCGCUGCAGGAACUUGAGGAUUUCGUGGAUGAAGCCAAUGAAGCGUUGAAAAUCGAACUCAAUAAAGAUGACUUCGAAGGGCUACUUAAAAUUCUCUCUGUACUCAAUACGAUCAAUGAGAAGCAGUACACGUACGAUUACAUGUUCGACCCGCUGCGCGAGGUAGUCGAUUUGCUAAAGCAGUAUAACUAUGACUUCAAAGAUAGCGUAUUGGCACAGUUGAACGAAUUGCCUGACAAGUGGAUGAAAGUGAAGAAAAAUGCCGCGGCAGUGAAGCAAACAAUUGCACCCAUACAGUCCUAUCAAGUGGAUCUAAUCGAGAAACGAAUCAUACUCUGCGACACCAUGGCAAAUCAAUAUCGCAAGCGCUUUUUGCGUAAAAGGUUCUUCCACGUGCCCUGUACUAAUCCUUACGAACUAAUCGAUGAAGCUGAUCUGGAGAUAGCCGCCUUGGAGGAACGUCACAAAUCGCUCUCAGAAUCCGCAGUACUAUUCGAGUUGCAGGGACCGGAUGAGAGUAAGAUUGAACGUUGUCGCAAAGAAUUGCAGCUGCUGAAGAUCAUGUGGGACUUUGCUAUUACAAUACAAACCACAAUCGAUGAAUGGAAAAAGACGCCUUGGAAGAAAAUCGAUAUCGAAUCAAUGGAUCAGGAGUGCAAGAAAUUCGGCAAAGAACUACGUGGCCUGGGCAAGGAAAUGCGCGCUUGGGAGCCUUACAUCCACACAGAGAACCAACUCAAGAAUUUAAUGACUUCACUGCGCGCCGUGACUGAGCUACAAAAUCCAGCCAUACGUGAUCGUCAUUGGGUUGAAUUGAUGACAACUACGGGUGUCAAAUUCAGCAUGGACGACUCAACAACACUAAAAGACCUCAUCGAUUUGAAUCUACAUGAAUACGAGGAAGAAGUCAAGGGUAUUGUUGACAAAUCGGUUAAAGAGCAAGCAAUGGAGAAAAUGCUCAAAGAUCUUGCAAACACAUGGGCCAACAUGGAGUUCCAGAACGAGAUACACGAGCGCACAGGCCUGAAGUUACUGAAAGCUUCAGAGGAAAUGAUCGAAACAUUGGAGGAAAAUCAAGUGCAGCUGCAAAAUAUGGCUUCAUCCAAGUACGUUGGCUAUUUUCAGCAAGAAGUCGCCUCCUGGCAGAAUAAACUCUCCAAUGCCGAUCAAAUCAUCAGUUCCUGGUUUGAGGUGCAACGCAAAUGGCAAUAUCUCGAGAGUAUAUUUAUCGGUUCCGAAGAUAUACGUUCACAGCUGCCCGAAGACUCUAAGCGUUUCGAUUAUAUCGAUCGUGAGUUCAAGCAGCUACUGAACCAAAUGAAUGCCGAUCGCAAUGUGGUGCGCUCAACCAAUCGACCGAAUAGCAAACUCUACGAAACACUUGAAGCGCUAUUGAAACAACUCACGAUGUGCGAAAAGGCACUCAACGACUACUUAGAGACCAAACGUUUGGCUUAUCCACGCUUCUACUUUGUCUCCUCCGCCGAUUUGCUGGACAUACUCUCCAACGGCAAUAAUCCCAAAAUGGUUUGUCGUCAUUUAACAAAGCUCUAUGACUCCAUGGGCCGUCUGAAUCUCAUUGCCGGCACAAAACUUGCCGUCGGUAUGAUAGCGAAAGAGCAUGAAGAGUUUGUGCCAUUCUUGGAAAAUUGUGAUUGCAGUGGCAAGGUCGAGGUUUGGCUCAACCGCGUAACGGACCGUAUGCGUGAAACGCUGCGAGACCAUUUUCGACGCGCAGUUGUCGCGUAUGAGGAGAAGCCACGUCAUAUCUGGAUUUUUGAGUGGCCUGCACAGCCGGCUUUGGUGACGACACAAAUCUGGUGGACUACGGAGACAAAUGAUGCCUUCGCUAAGGUACAGCAACGUUAUGAGAAUGCAAUAAAAGAUUACAACAAGAAGCAGGUGAUGCAAUUGAACAAUUUGAUCAACAUUUUGCUAACCGAUCUCUCGGCUGCGGAUCGUCAAAAGAUCAUGACAGUAUGUACGAUCGAUGUACACAGCCGCGAUGUGGUCGCAAAGAUUAUUGCCGCCAAAGUGGAGCUGGCCACAGCAUUUCAAUGGCAAAGUCAACUACGCCACCGUUGGGAUUUGAAGUUUGACGAUUGUUUUGCGAACAUCUGUGAUGCGCAGUUCAAGUACGACUACGAGUAUCUGGGUAAUACGCCACGGCUGGUGAUUACGCCACUCACCGAUCGCUGUUAUAUAACUCUGACACAGUCGCUGCAUUUAGUAAUGGGUGGUGCACCUGCGGGACCAGCUGGUACGGGUAAAACGGAGACAACUAAGGAUUUGGGACGCGCUCUCGGCAUGAUGGUGUAUGUCUUCAAUUGCUCCGAACAGAUGGAUUACAAAUCGUGUGGUAAUAUACAUAAAGGACUCGCACAGACCGGUGCUUGGGGCUGCUUCGACGAAUUCAAUCGCAUCUCAGUUGAGGUGCUCUCCGUGGUGGCGGUGCAAGUCAAGUGCAUACAGGAUGCGAUUAAGGCUAAGAAAGUGAUGUUCAACUUUUUGGGUGAAAUCAUAUCGCUCCGUCCCACAGUCGGCAUGUUUAUCACUAUGAAUCCUGGUUACGCCGGACGCGCUGAAUUGCCUGAAAACUUGAAAGCACUCUACCGUCCCUGCGCCAUGGUUGUGCCGGACUUUGCGCUCAUCAGCGAAAUUAUGAUGGUUGCAGAAGGUUUUCAGGAAGCACGUCCCUUAGCGCAGAAAUUCAUCACACUCUACACUCUGUGCAAGGAGUUGCUGUCGAAGCAGGAUCAUUACGAUUGGGGCUUGCGUGCCAUCAAGUCCGUUCUCGUGGUUGCCGGCUCCCUACGUCGUGAUGAUCGCUAUCGUCCUGAGGAUCAGGUGCUCAUGCGUGCCUUACGUGAUUUCAAUAUACCGAAAAUCGUUACCGACGACGUGCCUGUCUUCAUGGGACUAAUAGGUGAUUUAUUCCCCAAUUUGGAUGUGCCACGGAAACGUUCACUGGAAUUUGAAGCGGUCAUAAAAAGGUCAGCAAUUGAUCUGAAAUUACAACCCGAAGAAGGAUUUAUUUUGAAAAUUGUGCAACUUGAAGAGCUAUUUGCUGUCAGACAUUCGGUGUUUAUUAUCGGCUUUGCCGGCACUGGUAAAUCGGAAGUGUGGAAGACAUUAAAUAAAACUUAUCAAAAUCAAAGACGCAAACCGCACUACAAUGAUCUCAAUCCGAAAGCAGUAACCAAUGAUGAGCUUUUUGGCAUCGUCAAUCCAGCAACGCGCGAAUGGAAAGAUGGACUUUUCUCUAUCAUCAUGCGUGAUCAGGCGAAUUUAGGUGGCACUGGUCCGAAGUGGAUUGUCUUGGACGGUGAUAUAGAUCCAAUGUGGAUUGAGAGCUUGAAUACAGUAAUGGAUGAUAAUAAAGUGCUAACACUGGCCAGUAAUGAACGCAUUGCUUUGACAAAGGAGAUGCGUUUACUAUUCGAAAUUGCCAAUCUGAAGACUGCCACACCGGCCACUGUGUCGCGCGCCGGUAUACUGUAUAUCAAUCCACAAGAUUUGGGUUGGAGCCCAUUCAUACAGUCGUGGCUUAAUACGCGUGGCAAUCAAACCGAAGUGGCCACACUCAAUGUGCUCUUCGACAAAUAUGUGCCGCCGAUGUUGGAUGUGUUCAAUAAACGUCUGAAACGCAUCACACCCAUUUCAAAUAUCGCAAUGUUGCAAAUGACCUGCUUCCUGCUCGACUGCAUGCUUACGCCACAGAAUGUGCCCAACGACUGUCCAAAAGACUGGUAUGAAAUCUACUUUGUGUUCAGCAUAAUUUGGGGGUUCGGUUCGACACUCUUCCAAGAUCAAAUUAUCGAUUGGCGUAAUGAGUUUCACAAAUGGUUCAUCAAUGAGUUUAAGGCAGUUAAAUUUCCACCAGGCAAUAAUGUAUUCGCCUAUUAUGUGGAUCAUGAGACAAAAAAUUUCCUACCCUGGACCAAGUUGGUGCCAUCUUUCGAGUUGGAUCCCGAUGUGCCGCUACAAGCAAAUUUAGUGCAUACUUCAGAGACAACACGCUUACGCUAUUUCAUGGAUGUACUCGUGCAGGAUAAUCAUCCCGUAAUGCUGGUCGGCGCUGCAGGCUCUGGGAAAACGAUUAUUAUGGGUUCCAAAUUGAAUGCGCUGCCCACCGAAAAGUAUGCCAUACAAAAUGUGCCUUUCAACUUUUAUACGACAUCAGAGAUGUUGCAACGUGUAUUGGAGAAACCGUUAGAGAAGAAAGCUGGUCGUAAUUAUGGCCCACAGGGUAAUAAACAUAUGUUGUACUUUGUGGACGAUAUGAAUAUGCCCGAAGUGGACAAAUAUGGCACCGUACAACCGCACACACUCAUUCGCCAGUUUAUGGACUAUCAUCAUUGGUAUGAUCGCAUCAAGAUGACUCUACGCGACAUACACAACUGCCAGUUUGUAUCGUGCAUGAACCCCUCGGCCGGUUCGUUCACAAUCAAUCCACGCUUGCAACGACAUUUCUGCUCUUUUGCCGUCAAUGCUCCCGCUUCCGAUGCACUCUUUCACAUUCUUUACUCGAUCCUCUCGCAACACUUGGCCACACCACAUCAUAAAUUCGAUAAAGCUGUGAUUAAUUUGGGUGAACCCUUGGUCCAUACAGCUAUUUCUUUGCAUCAAAAGGUCGCCGCAAUGUUCCUGCCCACGGCUAUUAAGUUUCACUACAAUUUCAAUUUGCGGGACAUCGCCAAUAUUUUCACGGGUGUCCUGUACGCGAAUCAUGAAACUUGUCCUAAUCCAAACAUGCUACUACGCUUGUGGGUACACGAAUGCCAUCGGGUCUACGGUGAUAAGCUUGUUGAUCGCACAGACAUAGCCAACUUCCGCAAGCUCGUCAACGAUAUGGUGCGGAAAGGUAUUGAGACCUUCACGGAGGAUACUGUCUUCGCACGGCCACACAUCUAUUGUCACUUCGCCAAGGGAUUGUCCGACAUUAAAUACAUGCCCAUCUCAGAUUGGGAGCGUCUCCAUCGUCUACUGACAGAAGCGCAAGAGCGCUAUAACGACUUCGUAGGCGCAUUGAAUUUGGUACUCUUCGAGGAUGCCAUGGCGCAUGUUUGUCGCAUUAGUCGUAUAUUGGAGUCUUCACGUGGCUAUGCAUUGCUUAUUGGCGUGGGUGGCUCAGGCAAACAAUCUUUGACGCGCUUGGCGUGUUUUAUUUCAUCCUUAGAUGUCUUUCAAAUACAACUUACCAAAGAUUACAGUAACAACGACUUGAAAGCCAAUUUGUCAACAUUGUACAUGAAGGCGGGUGUCAAAUCGACGCCUUGUUGUUUCCUCAUGACCGACUCGGAAGUGGCGCGCGAACAAUUUUUGGUGCUCGUCAAUGAUUUGCUGGCCUCUGGCGAUAUACAUGAACUGUUUCCGGAUGAUGAAGUUGAGAAUAUUAUAAAUGCAAUGCGCAAUGAAGUCAAGCAGCUGGGCAUUAUGGAUACACGCGAAAACUGUUGGAAAUACUUCAUCGACAAAGUGCGCAGUUUGCUCAAGGUCGUACUAUGUUUCUCGCCCGUGGGCGCUACUCUGCGUGUACGCGCACGUAAAUUCCCAGCACUUGUGAAUUGCACCACCAUUGAUUGGUUCCACGAAUGGCCACAAGAGGCGCUUGAGUCAGUAUCAGCACGAUUUCUCAACGAAAUCGACGUACUACCUAAAUAUUUGGCCAGCCCUGUAUCCAAGUUCAUGGCUUACGUGCAUAAAACGGUCAAUGACAUUUCGCAAGUUUAUUUGACCAACGAUAAGCGUUACAACUACACAACACCGAAAUCCUUCCUUGAACUCAUCAAUUUGUACGCCAAACUGCUGCAGGAGAAGGUGAAGGCAAAUCAAGAUCGGCGCAUACGUUUAGAGAACGGACUCAUUAAACUGGCGAGUUGUUCGAAGGAAGUCGAUGCACUGCAGGACGUGCUGAAGGUGCAAGAGGUUGAGCUAAAAGCGAAGAAUGAGGAAGCCGAUCACUUGAUUAAAGUUGUAGGCGCUGAGAACGAAAAAGUCUCGAAGGAGCGUGCAUUCGCCACCAAAGAGGAAAAGAAUGUGCGUCAAAUUGAGGAGGAUGUCACAGCCAAGGCGAAAUUGUGCGAGGAGGACUUUCGCAAAGCACAACCGGCGUUAAUAGCUGCGCAAGAAGCGCUCAAUACACUUAAUAAAAACAAUCUCACCGAACUGAAAUCAUUCGGCGCACCACCGGAAGCUGUGGUUAGUGUUUGUGCCGCCGUCCUCGUGCUAUUCGCUUCGAAGGGCAAAAUACCAAAGGAUCGCAGCUGGAAGGCUUGCCGUCAAAUUAUGGGCAAUGUUGAUAAAUUUCUCGGUGAUUUGGUGAACUAUGAUAAGAAACAUAUACACCCGGAUAUCAUUAAAGCGCUCCAACCAUACAUCAACGAUCCAGAAUUCAUUCCGGAGAAAAUUCAAGCGAAGUCAGCUGCUGCUGCCGGUCUAUGCUCAUGGGUUAUAAAUAUAAAUCGCUUCUAUGAUGUCUAUUUGAUAGUAGAACCCAAGGAGCGUGCGCUCAACGAUGCAGAGCAAGAGUUGAAGGAUGCACGUGACAAACUACAGGCACUGAAUGACCGCCUGCUCGAGCUGGAAGAGCAGUUGAAUAUAUUGCAAAUGGAGUACGAUGAAGCUUUGGCUAAGAAGCAAAAGUGCCAAGAUGAGGCCGAUAAGACGGCGUUCACAAUUGAUUUGGCUAACCGUUUGAUUGGCGGCUUGGCGUCGGAAAAAAUACGUUGGACUGAGUCGGUAAAGAGUCUAAAAGAAGGUCAAAUCACUUUACCUGGCGAUAUGUUGCUUAUAUCAUGUUUCAUUUCCUAUGUGGGCUGUUUCACACGACCCUACCGCAUUGAGUUGCAGCAGAAAAUGUGGCGACCCGCUUUCAAGAACAGUAACCCUAAAAUCCCCGCCACUGAGGACAGUGAUCCUUUCGAUAUGAUCUGUGAUGAUGCACAAAUCGCCGAAUGGAACAAUCAAGGCCUGCCAAGCGAUCGUAUGUCUUCGGAAAAUGCUGCAAUUUUAGUACACUCCGAUCGCUAUCCGCUGAUGAUAGAUCCACAACUACAAGGCAUCAAAUGGGUCAAGCAGAAAUAUCAGAACAACCUAAUGGUCGUGCGACUCACAAUGAAAAACUAUCUCGACAUGGUGGAGAAGGCUGUAUCCAAUGGAAAUGUACUACUAAUCGAAAACAUUGGCGAAAAUGUAGACGCCGUACUCAAUCCACUUCUCGGACGUAUGUUGAUAAAGAAGGGCACCUGCCUCAAAAUGGGCGAUCGAGAAAUCGAUUUCAAUCCUAAAUUUCGACUCAUCCUACACACGAAAUUGGCUAAUCCGCAUUACAAGCCCGAAAUGCAAGCGCAAACUACUCUCAUCAAUUUCACAGUGACACGCGAUGGCUUAGAGGAUCAGCUGCUCGCAGAGGUGGUGAAAGUUGAGCGACCCGACUUGGAGGUUAUGCGCACACGUUUGACGCAGCAACAGAAUCAUUUCAAAAUUACAUUAAAGUUCCUAGAAGAUGAUCUAUUGCAGCGCUUGUCUUCGGCGGGAGAGAACGUUUUGGAGGAUGUUACGCUUGUGAUGAAUUUGGAAAAAACCAAAAAGACGGCAGAUGAGAUUGAGGUUAAGGUAGCGGAAGCGAAAAUUACAGCUGUGCAGAUCGAUACGGCACGUGAAGCUUACCGUCCAGCUUCGGAACGCGCGUCGAUUAUUUAUUUUAUACUCAACGAUCUCUUUAAAAUCAAUCCGAUAUAUCAGUUUUCACUGAAAGCCUUUACCGUUGUCUUCUCAAAUGCCAUGCAACGCGCCAUAGCCGCUGAAAAGCUGAAAGACCGUGUAGAGAACUUGAUUGAUUCCAUUACCUACUGUAGUUUCUUGUACACCUCACGUGGUCUUUUCGAAGCCGACAAGCUGAUCUUCUUAACACAAAUGUGUUUGCAAAUACUCAUCAGCGCUGGCGAGGUUGAGCAUGCCGAACUGGACUUUCUUCUGCGUUUCCCUUACAUGCCGAACCAGACAUCCCAAUUGUCGUUCCUCACCAAUGUGGGCUGGGGUGGCAUACGGGCGUUGAGCAAUUUGGCUGCAUUUAAAAAUCUAGACAAGGACAUUGAGGGCUCACACAAACGCUGGAAGAAGUUUGUUGACUCCGAGUGCCCUGAACGUGAAAAGUUUCCCGGUGAGUGGAAGACGAAAUCGGCUAUCCAGCGACUGUGUAUUAUGCGCUGUAUACGACCUGAUCGCAUGUCUUACGCGAUGCAAGUAUUCAUUGAGGAAAAGCUAGGUAGCAAGUAUAUAGAUGCUAGAUCAAUGGAAUUCGCUAAAACUUUCGAAGAGACCAGUCCCGAAACGCAUGUAUUCUUCGUACUCUCACCAGGUGUUGAUCCAUUAAAAGAUGUCGAGAAGUUGGGCAAAGUUAUGGGCUAUCAUGGGGACAACGAAAACUUUCACAGCGUGUCGUUGGGUCAGGGACAGGAAGUUGUCGCUGAAAACUCCAUAGACACCGCUUCGCGUAAAGGCCAUUGGGUUAUACUGCAGAACAUACACUUAGUAGCGCGGUGGCUGCCAACGUUGGAGAAGAAAAUGGAAGCAUCUCUCAUAGACGUAAACCCAAAUUAUCGUCUCUUCUUGAGCGCCGAACCAGCGCCCGAUCCCGCCUUUCACAUACUACCGCAAGGUAUACUCGAAUCGGCUAUUAAGAUCACAAACGAGCCGCCCACUGGCAUGCAGGCGAAUAUACACAAGGCUUUAGAUAACUUUAAUGAUGAAACUCUCGAGAUGUGCUCCAAGGAAACCGAAUUCAAGGCAAUUCUCUUUGCUCUUUGCUAUUUCCACGCCGUGGUAGCUGAGCGUCGCAAGUUUGGUCCCCAAGGCUGGAAUCGUGUCUACCCCUUCAACGUGGGUGAUCUUACAAUAUCUGUUUAUGUGCUCUAUAACUAUCUGGAAGCGAAUACACGUGUACCAUGGGAGGAUUUGCGCUACCUUUUCGGGGAAAUAAUGUACGGCGGUCAUAUAACGGACGACUGGGAUCGUCGACUUUGUCGCACAUACCUGCAAGAGUUCAUGCAACCCGAACUGAUAGAUGGCGAUUUGCAAUUCUGUCCAGGCUUUCCUGCGCCCGGCAUUUUGAAAUAUCAGGGCUAUCAUAAUUACAUCGAUGAUAAUCUACCAACCGAGAGCCCAACUCUCUACGGCCUCCAUUUGAACUCGGAAAUUGGUUUUUUAACAACAGUAUCAGAACGCCUUUUUCGCAUCGUUUUCGAGCUACAGCCGCGCAUUGCUGGAGCCGAGUCAGGCGGUGGUGAAGCGCAAUCACAGGAGGAUGUUGUAAAGAGCAUGAUUGAGGAUCUACUCGACAAGAUACCAUCACCAUUUAAUAUACCCGAAUUAAUGGCGCGUGUUGAGGACCGCAAUCCCUAUAUUAUCGUCGCCUUUCAGGAAUGUGAACGCAUGAAUAUAUUAAUGAAUGAAUUGAAGCGUUCGCUACAUGAGCUGGAGUUGGGUUUGAAGGGCGAACUGACGAUUUCAUCAAUUAUGGAGGCACUCAUGCAAUCACUGUUCAUGGAUCAAGUGCCCGAGACGUGGACAAAGCUUGCCUAUCCCAGUCUAUUGGGGCUGCAAUCGUGGUUUGCCGAUUUACAACAGCGUCUGCAUGAGUUGGAAGGUUGGGUAGCCGACUUUCGUAUGCCUUCCUCCAUUUGGCUAGGUGGUUUCUUCAAUCCACAGAGUUUGCUCACGGCUAUUAUGCAGCAAACGGCACGUAAGAACUCUUGGGCAUUGGAUCGAAUGUGUCUGAAUUGUGACGUGACCAAGAAGACCAAAGAGGAGAUCACCGCACCACCCAAAGAAGGCUCUUAUGUGAAUGGUCUAUUUAUGGAGGGCGCACGCUGGGACAUGAAAAUGGGCACCAUAGCAGAUGCAUUUCUUAAGGAACUUUUUCCACCUAUGCCCGUUAUUUUUAUCAAGGCGGUUUUGUUGGACAAGCAGGACACUAAAAAUAUUUACGAAUGUCCUGUUUACAAAAUACGCAUGCGCGGUCCUACCUUCGUUUGGACGUUCAACUUGAAGACGAGAGAAAAGGCUGCCAAAUGGACGUUGGCCGGUGUUUGCUUACUGCUGCAAAUCUAAAAAUGUAUUUACACAAACGAACAAAGGGACAAAGGAAGUGGAGUAAGUGAAGUGAGCAUAAAAGGAUAACAGCUUUAAUGGCAUUGGCAGCGUGUGCUUUCACUUGGAUCAACCAACGUAAGAGUCGUACAAGUCGCACAACUCACGAUGAAUGUCCUUUUGGCUUAACUCGACUUGACAAAUUUAUUUGUAUUUCUUUUCAAAUUCACAUACAUAUUUUAUAUUUUUAUAAUACAAAUAUUAUGGAGACACAUACUUUAAACCACAA